AUGGUUGUGCCGUGCCAUCAUGGCACCGGCAUACUUCGGUCUCCGAAAAGCCUUGUAAUGGGCGUCAUGUUUGAGAUGAUUGAGCCGGAGUUCCAUCUUGACUGUGAACCCGCGAGGCUGCCGAAUUUGCAGGGGUAUGCAAAGCCGAAUAACUCAGAGUGUGGAUCACCUACAGUUUUUCUGGAUCUACUAGAAAACCUCGAAUCCUUUGAAGUACGUUUCAACGUCAAGGUCACCCUACCCCUAAAGAGAAACAACCAACAGGAGCUCUGCAGUUGGAGUGGGUCGCUUGCCACUGUCCUUGGGUUACUCAUCACCUGGAUGGAUAGGAUACUCCGUUUGAGUGCUGACGGUUUGGCCGCCCUGGGACAGUCCAACGCACAACCGACAGAUGGACCUGUUCCAGACAGCGCAGAACAGGUUUACAUUAGCAGUUUGGCCCUGUUGAAAAUGCUUAAGCACGGUCGAGCUGGUGUUCCAAUGGAAGUUAUGGGACUUAUGUUAGGCGAAUUCGUUGACGACUACACGGUCACGGUAGUCGACGUAUUCGCCAUGCCACAGUCUGGUACUGGGGUCAGCGUUGAAGCGGUGGACCCAGUAUUUCAGGCUAAAAUGUUGGAUAUGUUGAAGCAAACUGGGAGGUAUGUCUUCAAUCCUUAUCUGCAUUGUCUUAGACCCGAAAUGGUCGUUGGUUGGUAUCAUUCACAUCCUGGUUUUGGCUGCUGGCUAUCUGGUGUUGAUAUGAACACGCAGCAGAGUUUUGAAGCCUUAUCUGAUCGUGCUGUGGCUGUUGUGGUUGAUCCUAUUCAGAGUGUCAAGGGCAAGGUGGUUAUUGAUGCCUUCCGGCUGAUUAACCCUAAUCUGGUUAUCGCAAACCAAGAACCCAGGCAAACUACUUCCAAUGUUGGUCAUCUCAACAAGCCAUCACUUCAAGCACUGAUUCAUGGACUGAAUAGACAGUAUUACUCUCUGCCUAUCAAUUACCGCAAGAAUCAAUGGGAAACAAAAAUGUUGAUGGAUCUAAACAAGAAUACAUGGAAGGAUGGACUGGCUCUUGCAGACUACGAUGCACAUUGCAGCAAUAAUCAUAAAACACUCACUGCGAUGCUAGAUUUGGUGAAGGCUUACCAUAAGUCCUUAGAGGAAGAGGAGAAGAUGACACCAGAACAGCUGUUGGUCAAAAACGUUGGACGGAUGGAUCCCAAACGUCACCUGGGGGAGAAUGUGGAGAGUUUGAUGACAGCGAAUAUUGCUCAGUGUGUUGGUGGAAUGCUGCACUCUGUUGUGUUCACAUGA